AUGAGUAGUAAAAAUGAUCGAGAAAUGCACAUUGCUGAGAUGGUCACUGUUGAACGUGAAAUUCGAGCUAAUGAAAUCAUGAAAAUGUUUCUUGGGGGAAAAGGGAAAAGACGGAUAAUGGAACCUUUGGAAUCACGUGAAGUUCGUCGUCGUGACCAGUUCAAACUUGACCAUGCAAACCGUCUCAAUAUUUACUACGAAAUUAUUAACAACAUCAUGAAAUUUACAAAAACUUCAAACAUCGUCAAUUCUAAAAAUCUUUUCGUACGUGAUGAAAAUGAAGGUUUUCAAUAUUACAUUUUAUUCAACUUCAUAAAUAACCAACUUGAAAGCUUUUCAAAUAGUCUCGCGAAAGAGUCGACAGAAAUUCAAGCUUCACAAGAUUAUUUCAACAACCUGAUGAAGUUUUACGAUCAGAAAAUUGAGGAAUUAAGACGAGAAUUUGGUGAAAAAGUUGCACAAUUGUUGCCAUUAAAAAAUGAUCGUGAAAAACUCGUGUCGCAACUUAUGCAACAUUUAAAAACAAUUGAAGAUGUUAUGAAAACAUUGGAGUGUGACUUCAGUUCUGUUCAAAAGCUUUUAGGAGAUCAUAAGAAGAUUACUUUGCUUAACAUUCCAGAGUUCUUUUCACUGCUUGAGCAGAGAAUCAACGAAGUUCUCGCCUUUGUUUUUUGUGAUCAACGUAAAAAUGUUGAUAUAUUUAACGAUGACAAGAAUUUAUGUGUUAGAAGUUUAAAACGAAGUGCUGAAGAUUUUGUGAAGAUCGAAGACGUUAUAACCACUCAACAAUGUGCGGAAUGUGCUGAACGUGAAGAUAUUAAUCGCUAUGAUGAGACGAUUGUUUAUCCUCUCGAUAUUGAAACUAUCAAGGAAAAAAUGCGUGAAAAGAUUUAUUCACCUGAUAUGCUUCGUCGUCUGCACAAUCUCAGUAAAUGUAAUUUACCUCGAUCUGGAAUCAUUGCAAGUCGUCGCUAUGUCGAAUGA